CAAGUACGUACCUACAAAACAUUUUAUUACUUAAUUAACCACCUAAAGAAAUGAAGACAAAGGAUUCCCAAGAUGUGAUCCUGGGCGCUCAAGCUCGCCUAUGGAGCUGCUCCUUCAACCAAAUGAUCUCCAUGUGCUUGAAGUGCGCCAUCCAGCUCCGCAUCCCCGACGCCAUCCACAAGCACGGCGGCGCCGCCGUCCCACUCACCGCCCUCCUCUCCACCCUCCAAAUCCCACCUUCCAAGACCGAACCCUUCCGCUGCAUCAUGCGCAUCCUCACCCACAACGCCGCCCUCUUCAACCCCGAACCCAAACCAUCCCCCGACGCCGCCGACGAGGAAUGGUACUCGCUGAACGCGUCGUCGCGACUGCUGCUGAGCCCCGGCGGCGGGGAAGACGACGACAAAGCCGCGGAGGUGAGGCACACGUCGAGCGUGCUCUUACUCUUCCACCCGCUGAUGCAGGAACCGUGGUCGUUUCUCGACACGUGGCUCCGGGAGGACGGCAGCCGCACCCCGUGGGAGAUCGCGCACGGGACGGCGUCGUUCUGGGGAUACCUCGAGACCCGAGACCCUUCCGGCGAGCUGAUGGCCACCUUCUACGACUGCAUGACCAACGACUCCAAGCUGGUCGGGGAGGUCUUGGUGUCCAGGUGCAAGGACAUGUUCGACGGCGUGACGUCGCUGGUGGACGUGGGCGGCGGCGCCGGGACCAUGGCGGCGGCCGUCGCCAAAGCGUUUCCCGAGAUCAAGUGCACCGUUUUGGAUCGUCCUCAUGUGGUCAAGGAUCUCCAGGGAGAAGGGAAUCUGGAAUUUGUCGGCGGGGACAUGUUCCUCAGCAUACCGCAAGCUGACGCUGUUUUACUCAAGUGGAUUCUGCAUGAUUGGGACGAGGAGAAUUGCAUAAAGGUACUCAAAGUUUGUAAAGAAGCAAUCGCAUCGCCAAAGGGGAAGCUGAUCAUCAUAGAUAUGGUGGUUGACGAGAAGAGGCUCGGAGAGAGGAAUUUCGGUGAAGUGCAGCUCUGCUUUGACUUGUUCAUGAUGGCCAUGGUCAACGGCAAAGAACGAACUGAGAAAGAGUGGAAACGACUCUUCUCGGCCGCCGGUUUCUCCAACUACAAGAUCUCAACCGUUAUGGGUCUAAGAUCAGUCAUUGAAGUCUUCCCUUGAAAGUUGAAAAACUAAUAAUCCUCUCCCGCUUGAAGUCAUUGUAUCGUUUCCAACUGUUUUCUUGAUGUGGUUGUUGUUUUUAGAUGUCUCUUGUUUAAAGUUCCAUCGAAGGCAGUUAAUAAAGCGAAAGGUCUCAUCAGAAGAAAAAGAAGAAAAAAAGUUGAGAAUGCAUGCAUUGGAAUCUUUGGAAUGGAAUGAAUUGUUUGUAUUGGCUGUUUUUAUUUUGUUCGAAUGGAAAUGGCUCUUCUUGGCCGUCGGUUUCUCCAACUACAAGAUCUCGCCCGUUUUCGGUUCAAACGGUUAAGUCUUGGAUUUGAAAUACUUUCGUACCCAAAAAAAAAACAUAAUAAAGAUAUGACAAUUGU